GCAGUGCAAUACCAAACUAUAGACCAACAAACUUAAAAAAAAAAAAAAAAAAAAGAGCUGCAGUGUUUUAUUCGACCACCAUCCUGAAAUGGGGCUAACUGUUUCACUUGAAGACACCGUAAGAACAGAGGCAAAGAGCAACAACAACGUUCACUUAAUGUUGGUUGAUGGAAUGUCUAACCUAAUGACUGGAGAAAUUGAGAAUUGUGCGUCAUCGGAUAUCUAUGUUGGUGGUCUAAAAUGGAAUAUCAUUCUCGCUUCAGAGGGGGGCUGCCUACACUUUGGUCUGAUGAUCAGCGACAGCAAGUGUACUGGUUCUAAUUGGAAAGUCAAUUGCACCGUCAAACUUACCCUAUACUCUGAUGCUUCUUCGCUCCUCCAUCAAAACCACACGACUGGGGUUUGUUUCGACGCAAACAAUACUGUUGUAUUCGUAAGCAUCCCAGUCAAUAACCUGAAGGAGUCAUAUACUGUGAACGACAAAUCGGUUUUCUCUGCCGAGAUCACAGAAGUUAGACCGAGAUUCUUGGACGUUACCAGUAUCCCUCGAACCAUGGGGACAGCAGAAAGCAUUAAACUGGUGGAGGUGGAGAGGAACAAGUCUAAAUUCACCUGGAAGAUUACUCGCUUUUCCUCCUUCGUUGGUGAACAUAAUUCAUCGUACCAGUUCACCGUUGGACCCCGGAGAUGGUACCUAAGGAUGUGCCCAAAAGGAACCUUAGAGGGAAAAGGAAAUUCAUUGUCCUUGUAUUUGCAUGCUGCCGAUUACGUGACCGGUCCAAAGACAAAUACAUUGGCCGUCUUUAAACUGCGAGUGUUGGACCAACUCAAACGCAAUCACCAUGAAUUAGGCCAGCAGUUCUGGUUUGGCUCUGAUGGACAAAAGGGAGAAGCCAAGUUUUUGGCGCUGGACAAACUGCACAAGGCUUCAAACGGAUUUCUGGUGAACGAUGCGAUAUAUGUCGGUGUUGAGUUCUUCUAUGUCUCCACUACUGAGAAUAUGAUCUGAUUGGUAUCAUUUGAUUCGAUCAAGACCACAUGAAUAAAUAGCUCAUGGAGAGGAGCUUAUCUACCUAUUAUACUACUUUGCAUAUAUAUCAUGGUGUGUACACAUAUGAAAAAAUAAAACGAUCAUCAAAUCGAUUGCUUGUACUGUCUGGCAUGAUAACACUCAACCGCAUCUGAUGCUAUGUCAUAUGUAUUCUCUUGAGGAGUAAGCUUCUUUGUUUGUGUGAUUUUGUUGUGCACCAAAUUCUUAUAUUAAAUUAAAUGUCUAACAUAUUUGAAA